UUGCAGCGCAGCCGAGUAACAACAGCGACAUGAUCGUCCACCGGAUAAAGAGCACCUUACACUGAAAGAGAAUGAACAUUUUCCAGCUGAUGGUUUUAUUGGGAGUAUCAGCCUGCAGGAGUGAUGGCGUCCAUGUCUCUGUGCGGGAGAAGCGCCAGUAUGCCAUGCUCUUCCAGGCUGUGGUCCUGCCCUGUCAGUUCCAGACCUCCUCCACACAGACCCCCGUGGUGCAGUGGUGGUACAAGUCCUUUUGUCGCGACCGCACUCAAGACUCCUUCUCUCUGCCCGAGACUCUGGGGAAGACCACCUCUGACCUUGGGACCAAAGCCCACCUGGAGUGCUCGGACAGCAGUCGCACCAGCCGCAUCGUAGCGUCUGCACAGGGCGCCUCUAUGACACUAGCAGAGCACUAUAAAGGAAGGGACAUCUCCAUAGUUAACAAGGCAGACCUGCGCAUUGGGGAGCUGCAGUGGGGAGACAGUGGCGUGUAUUUCUGUAAAGUGAUCAUCGCUGAUGACGUGGAGGGGAAAAACGAGGCUCAGCUGGAGUUACUUGUACUGGGCAGGACAGGUGAGCAGAACGAUCUCCUACCUGAGUUUGAUCUGGAGAUUAUGCCAGAGUGGGCAUUCGUGGGCUCCGUGGUCUUGGGGAGUGUUUUAUUCUUGUUGCUUUUGGGGAUCUGCUGGUGCCAGUGCUGCCCUCACUCCUGCUGCUGUUACCUGAGCUGCUGCUGCUGCCCUGACACGUGCUGCUGUCCACGUCACUUAUAUGAAGCUGGAAAGAUGGCAAAGUCGGCAAAGUCUGCUCAAAUACCUAUGUAUCCCUAUUACAUUCCUGGAGUUCCUUCUGUGGCCCCAACUGUGGUGCCACUUGCCCCAUCUUCUCACCUGGAGCCCAAAAUGGUUUCUCUUCCUUCAGUAGAGAAUAAUUUGGCCGGAGUGCGCAGUGGUUACCGACUGAAAGCCACUCCACACCAGGACUCAAUGAAAGUCUUGUACUACAUAGAAAAGGAGCUGGCUGAUUUUCCCUCUACCAAGAUGGCUUCACUACAAUCCACCAGCCUCUCUGAGCUGAGCUCUCUUCAUGAAGGGGGAAACCAUGACUUCAGAAAUACUUAUCAGAAGGUCCAGAUGAAGGCGCUCCCUCCCAUAGCAGACCUGGAUGACCAGUCUGUGUCCAGGGUGGCUCAUACUGCACAGAGUCAUAGACACAAGUGGGACAAAGCCAGCCACUCUGAUGAUGAACUAGAUAACAGGUGGAAUCCUCGCUCGGAGCACAUGCAGAGAAAAACUUUAGGCAGAAGGGGGCGCACGGGUUCCCUGGAUGAGUUGGAGGAAUUUGCCCGUUCGUACAGCACCCGCUGUAAUAGAGAUCGAACUUAUGAGCGUGACUAUAGCCCACCUCGACGUAGCUACAGAGACGAAGAGGAAGGCUGGAGACGGCACAGCCCCCCACCUGUACCACGAAAACGAUCGGACACAUGGGACAGUGAUCGUCCAAGUCGCCCAUAUCAAAACAGAGACUAUGACGAUGCCUACCUCACCAGCGUGCUGGAGAAGAAGGCCAGGGGUCGAGGAGGAGACAGAGGAGCGGCGAGAGCAGAUGAGGACAGUGACACUCCCUCCAAAGGCAGCUCCAGAGGCAAAGGCAGUGACAGCUACUACAGCAGGUCACCUAGCAACCGUCCAGAGGAGGACGACCCCUUACCUCCGUACUCAGAGUGGGAAGCGGAGCGUUACCGCAGGACUGGUCCCACCACAGACCGCUAUCGGACUGUACAGCCUCCAGUGACGGAGAGCUAUAGAGCCUCUGAGGCAGCCUCAAGGCCUUUCAGUUACACCAGGCCUCCUCCUUCGAUGUCCCACACGCUACAGGGCAGCCGAGAGGACAGGGACAGAAACCGGAACCUGAGCGCUGCACUGAGCAGGGACUCUCUCUUAGUGUGACCAGCCUCGGCCUCCAGACAGCUCUGCAGUCCAUCCACUUAAACCGUCCUGUUACUGCCAAUGAGCCACUUGAAUUCACUGAAAAAGUUUAGCAUAAACACUUACACUGAACAACCUUGAGUAGUAUGUGCUUUAAGUAUCAUGUUUGUGGUUGGGUGGUUGUGAAUGCCACCAUUGUUUGAGUGCCAAUCUCAACAAAGCCUUUUUUUAUUGUCCUUAUACUUUCUUUGAGUAUCUCAGGAUUUACAUAUAUUGUUUUUUAUGUCGAUAAAAAUAAAAUUGCAUUUUCAUUAUCUGUUGCUUAUAAUUGCACUGU